AUGAGUUUUCUUAGGGCUUUCCCAGGCUCCCAAGCUUUUCAGGUCAUUGCUGGUGCGGGAGCAGCAUUAACACUACUUUUUCUGGUUUUGUUGUAUUCACCAACAUUACAGACUACCUCAGGGGUCUUGCACCUGGGAUACAGUACUACAACUGAACAAAAAACCGCGGUCGAUCUCAAUGAUAUCAAUCUAGUGACAGACCUUUCUAUAUACUUCUUGGAUUACCCGCUCAACCCGCCGUACAAAGACAAAUUUGGCGAGCUAGGUCGGCGUGCUCGGAUUGUGCGCGAUUGGCUAAAUUUGGCUGAAAAAGAAGAGGAACCUACGACAAAAGCUUUAUAUGUCAACGCUGUUGAGCAAGUUGCCAUCUCGCUCUUCCCAUUCCUAGAGAAACCUCCCGCGCAGCCCACCUCGCCAACCCCGGUAGCAGAUCUUCGUGCGUCCUUCCAACCGGGCUCAACUGGAAUCGUGAUCCCGACCAGUGAUAAGACUCUUCGCUUUGCAGCUCACCUAGUCAGCGCGCUACGCUCGGUCCUGAACUCUACUCUACCCAUACAGGUCGUCUACGCGGGCGAUCGUGACCUCUCACAGGACAAUAGGGCGCUUUUGUCUCACCUGGUAGAAUUGGGACCGCCCCUUGAGUUCCUCGACAUCAACAGCGUCUUCGAUAAUUCAACUCUAGAACUAGAGUUCGGUGGCUGGGCGAUCAAAGCCUUUGCAGCCCUAGGCUCUCACUUUGAGCGAGUCAUACUUGCCGAUGCUGAUGCGGUAUUCCUCCAACCACCUGAGGUACUUCUCCAGCAUGAGACAUUCCUUCGAACCGGCGCACUGCUGUUUCAUGACCGGCUGCUCUUUCAGCAUGCCUUUGAAGAGCGUCAUAAGUGGUGGAAGGAUCAGAUUCGGCGGCCAAGUCGCAUGCUGAACAUGUCAUUAGUAUGGACCGAAGAUUAUGCUGAGGAGCAGGAUUCAGGUCUUGUUGUUCUCGACAAGAGUAGGCUUGAUAUCCUGGUGGGGCUUUUACAUGUGGCCUGGCAGAACUCCUACUCUGUACGCGAAGAGGUCACAUAUAAGAUGACAUACGGGGACAAAGAGAGCUGGUGGUUGGGGCUUGAGCUCUCAGGUGCCAACUAUGAGUUCUCGAAGCAUUACGGAGGAAUAAUAGGCUGGGAGGAAGUUGACGAGAGAGGAAGAUCGAAAGUUUGCAGCUUCGUCAUCGCCCAUGUUGAUGCCCAUGAUGAAUUACUCUGGUAUAAUGGGGGUCUGUUGAAGAACAAGGCAAGAAUCGAUAUGGCAAACGAGUACGAGGUCCCAUCGAAAUGGAUGAUCGAUGCCAACUGGCAAAAGGGUGCCACAAAGCAAGAUAUGAGCUGUAUGGUAGGCGCGGAAAUCAAAAGUCUUAGCAACGAUCAGCUACGGAUCCUAGAACGAUCAAUUGACCUCGCAAAACAAGUCGACGCUGUGGUCCUUUAG